CCAGUCGCCGCCCCCGAAAGAACUACAUUUCCCGUCAUGCCCCUGCCCCGCCCGGGGCCGGCCUCCUGCAUCCGCUUCCGGGCGAGGGGUCAAGGCCAUGGCGGCGCCCCGCCGGAGGUCGGGGGUACCGCCAUGCUGCCCGCGCUGAGCCGCUGCCGGGCCCCGCUGAGCCGCUGCCGGCCGCUGCUGGUGCCGGCCCGGGGCCGCAAGUCCCGCCACGACCCGCCCGCCAAGUCCAAGGCCGGGAGGCUGAAGGUGCCGCCGCCCGUGGAGCCGGCCGAGCUGCUGGUGGUGAGCGAGCGCUACCGGCACUACCGGCUCGUGCUGCAGGCGCUCAGGGUGGAGUUCAAGCAAGAGGUGUUGCGGAAGCAGCAUGAGGAGCGCCUUGAUAGAGAGAGUGGGGAGGAGGUGAUGGAGGAGCACCGGAAACUGAUGGCAUGGAACAACGCUGAAAACGAACGGCUGCGUAAAAAGAGGGAGGAGCGACUCAGAAGAGAGGAGGAAGAAUUGCAGGACCGUAAGUUACAAGGAGCCCUCAACCAUGCCAGGUUAAUGGAGGAUUUUCUUAAGCAGAAGGAGAGAGAGGUUCUACAGUUGCAGGAGGAAGCCAGAAAUUUCAUCACCCCUGAAAACUUGGAUGAGCAAAUUGAAGAGUGCCUGGAUAACCCUCGCAACUACAACUUUGCCAUCGAUAAAGAAGGGCGCAUCGUCAAGCAGAGCAUGCCGUCCUAGAGGCUCUCUUGAUCGGGACAAUUCAGAUGGGAGACUUUCCUAUGGCUUCCAUCCAGAUGCUGUGCUCAGGGCAGAAGCAAGGGGAAAGGAGCAUCAUGCAUACAAGUCGACUGAAAUUUCAUUUUGACAAACAGCCCUUUGGUGCCAGUCACAAUUCCUGCCUUGAAAGGCUGUCACCUGCUUCAUAGCUCAUGUCCCUUUGCUUUGGGACAAAUUGCUGUUGUCUCCGAAAUAAAGGAAUGUGUUUUUUACA